AUGCUCGACAUUGCAGACCUCAUCCCCGAGCGAGGAGGAGACCCGAAGAAGGUCAAGGAGAGUCAGAGAAGACGGUUCGCCUCUGAAGAGCUCGUCGACGAAGUUGUGGCCUUGUACGAGGAUGCUCGCCGGACACGGUAUGAGGCUACCCAGGUCGGAUCAAGGAUCAAUGCCGUACAAAAGGAGAUUGGCAUGAAGAAGAGGAAUAAAGAGGAUGCAACAGACCUGCUGGCGGAAAAGGCAAAGCUAGAAGAAGAGAAGAAAGCGAUCGAGGACCGAGCAGUACAAUGCGAACAGCUUCGGGACCGCCGGCUGAAGACAAUCGGAAACUACGUCGACGACUCUGUCCCCGUCGACAAGAACGAGGACAACAACGCCGUCCUCCGCACCUGGGCGCCGCCAGACGUCAAGGUCGAGAAGCGAGACUGUCUCUCCCACCAUGAAGUGCUCUACCGGCUUGAUGGUUAUGACCCAGAGCGAGGAGUCAAGAUCGUAGGACAUAGAGGAUACUGUCUGACGGGCUAUGGACUGUUCCUUAACCUUGCGCUCGUCAACUAUGGACUUGAGUUCCUGUUUAACAAGGGGUAUAAGCCCAAUCAGCCACCGCAUUUCAUGUUGAGGAAUUACAUGGCCAAGACAGCGCAGCUGGAGCAGUUCGAUGAGGAACUAUACAAGGUUACUGAGAGCGAAGAUCCAAGCACGGAUAAGUAUUUGAUUGCUACGUCUGAGCAGCCCUUGUCCGCCUUGCACGAUGGAGAGUGGAUUUUGGAAAAGGAACUUCCUAUAAAUACCUGUUACCGAAAGGAGGCUGGAGCCCACGGUAAAGACGCCUGGGGUAUCUUCCGGGUCCAUCAGUUCGAGAAGAUCGAGCAAUUCCUGAUAACGAAGCCAGAGGAGUCAUGGAAGGCCUUUGAUGAGAUGAUCGAUACAUCUGAAGAAUUCUACAAGUCGCUCAAGAUCCCCUACCAGGUCAUUGCCAUCGUCUCUGGUGCCCUGAACAACGCUGCGUCCAAGAAGCUGGACCUGGAGGCAUGGUUCCCCUUCCAGGGAGAGUACAAGGAACUCGUCUCCUGCUCGAACUGCACCGAUUAUCAGACCCGCGAGCUGGACAUCCGGUUCGGCUCGAAGAAGCUUACCGACGUCAAGAAGAACUACUGCCACGCUCUCAACGCCACGCUGUGUGCCACCGAGCGAGCCCUAUGCUGUAUCCUGGAGAACUACCAGCAGGAAGACGGUAUCAUUGUGCCAGAGGUCCUGCGCAAGUACAUCCCCGGCAACCCAGAGUUCCUCCCAUAUGUCAGGGAGCUGCCCAAGGACACCACCUCGCAGAAGGUCAAGGCCAAGGGAGGAAAAGCCGAUGCGGCAAAGGCGGACCUGGCCAAGGGCGUCGAGAACAUGAAGGUCUAA